UGUAGGAUAUCAUUGCUUUAACGUAGAUAUAGCCGAAGGAGAGAUGAUAACGACAGGAGAUAUAGUGGAAGAAGUUAGACGAAUAUGUGUUGAAGGUGUUGUGAGAGAAGCAGGUAUUGAAGAUGUUGUGGGAGAAGUAGCUGAAUAG